AUGCUGCCCGUGAGCUACCGCCUGUCCAACACCCGCUUGGCCUUCUUCCUCAAGGAGGUGGGAGCCAGCCCAGUGGGCAAUGGCAGCGCUCCGCUGCAACGCUCCGAGCCCUUCGUUGUCUUCCAGACCAAGGAGCUGCCCAUCCUCAACGUCACCCUGGGACCCUUCAGCACAGGGCUGGUGCUGCCCAAGGAGCAGCUGCAGCCCUCCAGCACGCUGGAGGUCCCUGACCGCCUCACCGUCAACUGGAAGGUGCGCGCCUUCAUCAUCCAGCCCCGGCUGGUGGCCAACCAGCCCGUGGUCCAAGUGCUCUUCUACGUAGCCGGACGGGAUUGGGAUGACUUUGAUGUCACUGACCGGCUGCCCUGUGUGCGGCUCCAUGCUUUCCGCGAUGCCCGUGAGAUCAAGAGCUCCUGUCGCCUGCGGGGCAGCCUGGCCAUGUGCCUGGUGCAGGCAGAGCUGCCCCACGCCUGGUUUGGCCCCCCGGCCAUGCCGCUGGGCAGGCGGAAGAGCCCUGAGAGCCUGGAGGUGCCAGGUGAGAGCCAGCAAGCUGAGCUGUACUACACCCUCCAUGCCCCUGACGGGGCUGGCCAGUGCAUUGUGGAGACGCGCAUCGGCAGCGUCAGCCUCCUGCAGCCCCUCCCCGGGCCGCCCAUGCAGGAGCAUCAUCUGGACAGCAACAUCUUCAUCCGCCUGCCCGACAAGCCCCUUAAGCCGGGCGAGGUGCUGAGCAUCCUCCUCUACCUGAUGUCCAACUCCACGGUGGAGCACUUCACGCUCAGGGUGAAGGCCAAGAAAGGUGUCAACCUGAUCAGCACCAAGUCGAGGAGCAGGCAGUGGCUGGUGAGCUCGGAGCUGCUGACGGGUGGCAAGCACUCUACCGCCACUGUCGAUGUGGCCCGGGCAGACGGUGCCGGGCCCAGGGACGGGGACUCCUCCUCUGAGAUCAUGCAGCUGGAUUUUGAGAUGGAGAACUUCACCAGCCAGUCGGUGACGCGCCGCAUCAUGUGGCACAUUGACUACCGGGGCCGCAACCCACCGCCGGACCUGGAGAAGGUGGUGACGGAGCUGACGGUCAUCCAGAGGGACAUCCGGGCCAUUGUGCCCCUGGCCAUGGACACAGAAAUCAUCAAUACGGCCAUCCUGACGGGACGGACAGUGGCCAUUCCCGUGAAGGUCAUCGCCAUUGAGCUGAGCGGUGUCAUCAUGGAUGUCUCUGCUAUGGUUGAGUGCAAGUCCAACAACGAAGACAUCAUCAAG